AUGGUUGUGGUGGAGAUGGCUGGUGAUUGGUGGUUGAUUGGUGACGAGUUCUGCGUUUUGGGGCUGGAGCCUGCCAAGCCUCGAGCCUCCCCAGCACUGGCCCAAGCAGGCCCGUAUCGUAGCACACAUCCACCAGAGCCAGAGAACUCCCAUGAGCACCUUCAGCCACAGACGCAGCAGAUAUGGAGUAUGGAGCGCUCUUAUUUGCUAUUAUUGCCCUGUACUCCAUACCUUCCCUUCCAAGACAGCCCUGUCCCCGUCCCCAUAUUGCCCUACGAGUGGGUACUCCUACCCAGCAUACUACAGCGUAGUAUGAUGCAGUGGUUUAGCGGCGUGUAA